AUGUGUCGAAACAGUACAAUAGAAGAAUAUCACAUCUUGGGAUUCUCUACUUCUGCAAGAGGACAACUUCUGCUUUAUGUUGGAGUUUUGGUUAUGUACUUAUUGACUAUAUUUGGGAACCUAUUAAUUAUUACACUUAUCUGUCUGGUUUCCAGGCUACAUACUCCUAUGUAUUUUUUCUUGUGCAAUCUCUCUGUUGUGGAUAUCACAUAUGUCUCAUCCACUCUCCCAAAAUUGCUGUCCAUCACGAUAACAGAGGAUAACAGGAUCUCUUUCCAGGAUUGCAUGACUCAGUUGUAUUUCUUUACAUUCUGUGCUAUCUGUGAUAUUUUUGUGCUGACUUCCAUGGCUUAUGACCGUUACAUAGCAGUCUGUAAGCCUUUGCAAUAUACAUUGAUCAUGAAUAAAAGGAUAUGCAUUAUGAUGGAUUCUUGCUGCUGGAUUGUAUCUGCAUUGAACUCAUUGCUGUUGACAUUGCUUACAUCUGUAUUAUCGUUUUGUAAUUCCCACAAAAUUAACCAUUUCUUCUGUGACCUAAAAAAAAUGACUGCUCUUUAAUCAAGUGAUACUACAAGUAGGGAAAUCUUUAUGUUGAUUCAAGAUAUUGUUAUUGCAUUUAUACCAUUUUCACUUACUAUAACAUCUUAUGUCUAUAUAAUCUCCACCAUAAUGAAGAUUAAUUCUUCAGAUGGAAGGCUAAAGGCUUUCUCCAGCUGCACUUCCCAUCUCACCACUGUUAUAUUAUUCUAUUGCCCAAUACUAUUUGUAUAUAUUAAACCUGAAUCUGAUAAUUCCAGAGAACAAGAUAACUUGAUUUCAAUGAUCUAUGUGGCUGUGGUUCCAAUGUUAAACCCAUUUGUCUAUACUUUGAGAAACAAAGAUGUUUUGGGAGCUAUUAAAAAGUUAACCAACUUCAAGAAGAGCUUUCUAUAA